AUGGCGAACGACUCUCCGGCUAAAAGUCUGGUAGACAUAGACUUGGCUUCGUUGCGGGAUCCGGCUGGAAUAUUCGAGCUCGUGGAGGUGGUUGGAAAUGGCACCUACGGACAAGUAUACAAGGCCUCCCCAGAGCGCUCAACUCCCAGCAUCUCCCCCGCCGGGAACGGCAGAGCAUGUGCUCGGGCCUCCCCCCCCCCCACCCCUGAAGCCGGCCCUGUGGGAUGUGGCUGCUGCCAGGGGUUUGCUGGCGUGGCGUGGUCCCGGUUUUGA